GUCCCAAUAUUAUUAUUAUUAUUGUUACAAUAAAUGUGUUUAAAUUACUUUACCUAGUAAAGACUGAUAACUUUCACAUUUACAUAAUAAACAAAAAGUAAUUACUAGUGAAUAUGAGAUCUGAAGUAGAUAAUUAUGAUGAAGCAACUAAUUGGAAUGAAAAUGUUUACGUACGUACACCAUCCGUGAACAACUUAAGGGUGAGUAGAUUCCGACGUACUGCUUCAAAAGCAUGUCUAUUUAAUAUAAUAACAACUAUAGCUUUAAUUAUAACAGCAUUAAUUGCGCUUGCUUAUGCCCUGUCAUACUAUGGUGUAUGGAAUAAUAAAUCGUACUUAGAUGUUGUCAGUAUAUUCUGUGGACAAAUUAAAGGUGUUCAACAGAAUGAAUAUGUUAUGAGCUUUCUUGGGAUACCUUAUGCUCUACCCCCGAUUGAUGAAAAUCGAUUCAAGCCUCCUCUUCAGCUGUCAUCAAAAGAAUUGUGUCAAAAAGCCUGGGAUUUGAGUAAUACUACAGUGGUAAAUACAGUUUAUCAAACACAACAUUAUAAACCACCAUGUUUACAACUUCAACCAAAAUCUAAGCAAAAUGAAUUUAUAGGAAGUGAAAAUUGUCUGUAUUUGAAUGUACAUGUUCCGAUUACUAGUAGGAAAGCAACACAGAAUCUUAAACCAGUAAUUGUUAUUUUAGAUGGAUUAUUUUUUAUGUACAAUAAUGAACCGAAACAACCAGGCACAGAUACAGUGUACAAAACAGAUGCAAUACAUGUUACAUUCAAUCAUCGUAUAGGUCCAUUUGGGUUUUUACCACAUCCAAAUGAAAAAACACCAAAUAUUGGAUUACAUGAUCAAUUAUUAGUCCUAAAAUGGAUACGUAAUAAUAUCGUUCAUUUCGGCGGGGAUCCAUUGAAUGUGAUCUUAUUUGGUUAUGGAUCUGGUGCAACAUGUGCUUUAACUUUACUCUACAGUCCAAUGAGUAAUCAUCUGUUCGACAAAUUAUGGAUUACAGCACCAGGAUUGAGUUUAUCAAAUAUUACUACAGAUGAAGUAAUACAUAAAACAAAUCAGGCAUUAAAUUGUCAGAAAGAAUUUAAUCCAAACUCCUGUUCAAGUCGAAAAUUUCAAAACUCGCAGAAUAUUUUAAAUUUAUGGAAUUGGACAAUUGUUGAACCAUGGUUAAUUAAAACAAUACUCAGUCUACCUUCUAUACACGACUUUAAUAUGCCUCAGACAGAUAAAUUCAUAAAUAUUUUAAUUAAUGACGAUAAAUUUGUAAGCACUGAUUUGUGGAAUAAAAUUAUUGAAAGUAAUGUUAAACCAAUGGUUAUUGGACAGACAUCACAUGAGGUUUCAGUUUAUCCGACACCGAAAACAGUACCAUUUUGGAAUAAAGUGUUUUACAAAAACUACAUUUUAAAAAGAUUAAAACGUAAUACUUUUAACCCAUCAAAUCAGUACUAUGAGGAGCUUUUAUCGAAGUCUUUAUACAAUUUAAACUGCGCGCGUUUGGGUAACCUAUUAGAUGUGGAUGACUUCCAAGACACAGAUGAUGCUGUUAAUAAUGACGAUGAUGAUGAUUGGUUCUCCAGUCUGAUGUCUUUGAUAACUGACAGUCGGGUAACUUGCCCACUGACUGAGUUAGUCAAUCAGUUUACAAACUCUCUCACUCCAAUUUAUCAAUAUUAUUUAACCGGUACACACAGAAGCUUUGAUCCAUAUUCACUGUGGGGAUUUGUACCAUACGCUUUUCAUGGAUGGGAUGCUAUGCUAUAUCUACGCACCUAUGAAACACACAGUGAUUUUACUGAUCCAAGCUUAGUGCAAUCACGUGACCACUUAAAAAAUGAACAAGAGUUAAUUCGUCUAAGAAGAAUCAGUGAUAUGCUCAAUUCAGCUAUGCAUGAAUUUGCACGUAGCGGUGUUAUAUCUAAUUGGCAAAAGUCAACUAAAGACAAGUAUGAUGUCAAUCUUAUUGAAAAUGAUCAGUUAUGUAAAUAUGUAAAUAUCAUGAAGAAAAGAUGUGAUUUUUGGAAGUUAAUAUUUGAAAAUAAUCUGUUCAAUUUCACAUGGAGAUUUUAGCGUAUAUUCGUCGGCUUAUCUUUCCUACAUCUCAGUUUGUUUGAAUGUGCCGGCGUAGCGUCUGCACACAAUCGAUUUAUCCUUAAGACAGAAUAAGCCGAAAUUUCAGGAAGCAGAUUUUAGUAAAAAUGCAAAAUUAUGCCUAUUUUUUUUAAAAGACAAAAUUAUGAUUUUAAAUUUCAAAAGUACACACUGUCUUUCACAUAAAUGUAAAUUAUUCAAUGGGUUCAAUAUUUGUAUAUAUAUGUAUACCUACAACUACGCUACAUGUAACAUUUUGAAAUUUAUAAUGUUCAAGAAUGAAGUAAUAAGUGUACUAGAUUUUGUUUCUACAGAUUAGUAGAUUUGUUGAAUAACACUCAUUAAAAUUAAUUAUAAUUGAUAGAUGUAGAAUUUCAUACAAUCCAGACUAAAAUAUCUAUAGCUUUGGUUUUACUCUAGAAAUUUAAAUGUUAUUGGCGUUUCCAUUGGAAACCAUUCAAAAAAAAGAGAAGGGAUAUAGUUUGUUUGACAUUUGAAAAGUAUGCUGUUUUCAAUGAAUACUUGUUUUCAUCUGUAUAUAUAUAUAUAUUUAUGUGUAUCCAUUAAUACUGUCAGCUUAUUUUAUGCUAGAAUGAAAUCAUAAAACUGUUGAAACAUUGAGUAGAUAGA